AUGGCUACCCAAAUCGCAAUCCAAAUGAAAGGCCCUGGCAAGGCCGAGAUCGUCACCGAUACUCCCAUGCCCAAACUUCGCGAUGACUAUAUCAUUGUUAAAACAGUCGCUGUGGCCUUGAACCCGGUGGACUGGAAGCAGAUUGACGACCUAGCCUGCCCCGGGGCGAUUGUGGGUUGUGACUACAGUGGUGUUGUUGAGCAAGUUGGCCCUGCUGUCAAGCAUGGACCUCAUGUUGGUGAUCGAGUCAUGGGCAUGGUUCAUGGCAGCAACUACUCGAACCACGAAGACGGAGCGUUUGCAGAACACAUUGCUGCCAAAGGAGACCUUCAGCUCAAGAUACCCGACUACAUGUCGUUUGAAGAGGCCGCAACACUAGGCGCUGGCAUGAUUACUGUCGGUAAAGGCCUUUACGAGUCACUGGAUUUGCCAUGGCCCGACGACCCUCCAAUGAAGCCGUUUCCAGUUUUGAUACAUGGCGGUAGCACGGCAACAGGCACCCUGGCAAUUCAAUUUGCUAAGUUGUCUGGCUUAGAAGUCGUCACAACAUGCUCCCCCAAAAACUUCUGGCUCGUUCGUAGCCUAGGGGCAGAUCACGUCUUCGACUACAAGUCACCGAAAUGCGCCGCUGCCAUCCGCGAAAUUACAAAUGAUCAGCUGGGACAUGUAUUCGAUACCGUUUCCACGCCCGAAACGGCCGAGAUAUGCUGCAACGCCAUGAGCAGCCAAGGAGGCAAAUACGCCGGCCUCAGUGGCCUACAAGAGCUUCCUCGCAAGGACGUCGAAAACCUUCCCAUCAUGGCGUACACGGCCUUUGGAGAGGCCUUCGACUUUGGUGGCCAACAAGUUCCGGCAAACCCUCAGAAUUACGAUUUCGCCGUCAAGUUUGUCUCGCUGGCGCAGGCGUUGCUGUGGCAGGGACGGAUUCGGCCACAUCCGCAGAGCGUGAGAAGGGGGAGCUGGAGCGGCGUUUUGGAUGGAUUGCAGGAGAUGCGGGAGGGAAGAGUUUCGGGAGUGAAACUUGUGUAUCCUAUUUGA